GGAGAAGAGCCGGCGCUCGGCCCCAGCGGGGAGGGGAGGGAGGGAGAGCUCCGCACGCCCCGGCGGAAGAGGCAGAUUCAGGAAGCCAUUACGCAGCUCCCUGGCGGAGGUUCGGGCGGCCGAAGCCGGGCCGUACGCACUUUGCGUAGCGCCGGAGGUUGUCAAGGGCCUGGGCUUGGGCCUAGGCCUUGGCAGUGGGCAGGGGAGGCCCAUCCCCUGUUGGGGGCGGCAGGCCGAAGAAGAGGAGGAGUAGGUGGGAGCUGGGGAAGGGGGCUUUGGGGAGGCCAUGGCGGUACCAGCCAAGAAGAGGAAGAUGAACUUCUCAGAGCGUGAGGUAGAGAUCAUCGUGGAGGAGCUAGAGCGCCAGAAACACCUGCUCAUCAACCACUUCAACGCAGGCGUGCCCCUGGCAGCCAAAAGCGCAGCCUGGCACAACAUCCUGAGGCGGGUCAACGCCGUGGCCACAUGCCGCCGGGAGCUGCCCGAGGUCAAGAAGAAGUGGUCGGACCUGAAGACCGAGGUCCGCCGCAAAGUGGCCCAGGUCCGGGCUGCCGUGGAGGGCAGUGAGCCCCCUGGCGGGCCAGAGGAGGGUGGCCCCGGUGGCCCUGGCCCAGGCCCCGGAGGCGCCGGCCCCUCCGUGGCCCCUGUCCUGCUGACCCCCAUGCAGCAGCGCAUCUGUAACCUGUUGGGUGAGGCCACCAUCAUCAGCCUGCCAGGCGCAGCUGAGAUCCACCCCGUGGCCCUAGGGGCAGCCACAGCUGCGGCCACUGUCACCCUGACACAGAUUCCCUCUGAGACCACUUAUCAUACUUUGGAGGAUGGAGUGGUAGAGUAUUGUACAACAGAGACACCCACGACAGUGACUGCUGAGGCACCUGUGGAGAUGAUGGCCCACCAGGCUGAUGUAUCUGUCAAGCCUCAAGCACUGAAAAGCCGUAUUGCACUUAACUCAGCCAAACUCAUACAGGAGCAGCGGGUCACCAACCUACACGUAAAGGAAAUUGCCCAGCAUUUAGAACAACAGAACGACCUCCUGCAGAUGAUUCGUCGUUCACAAGAGGUACAGGCUUGUGCUCAGGAGCGCCAGGCCCAAGCAAUGGAAGGGACCCAGGCAGCCCUGAGCGUCCUCAUCCAGAUCCUCCGUCCCAUGAUUAAAGAUUUCCGCCGAUAUCUGCAGAGCAAUACGCCAAAUCCUGCUCCACCGUCUGAUCCAGGUCAGGUGACCCAGAAUGGACAACAAGAUAGUCUUAUCCAAUGACAUUAGGAUUAAUUGAACUCCCUCUUCUGUGACUGAAUGGAUUCUCUAUUGUAUUUCAGGCAGGUCCUAUGGUUGUCCUUAGGAUAGGAUAAACUACAUGGAUAACUUCCUAUUAGAUAGGAAUUCAAUGCUCUUGGUGCAUAAUGUGUUUGAGAACUGGAGGAAGUUGGGAUGUGGAACUUAUUGAGCUUCUUGGAACCAGAGUUGCCUUCUCUAUGAAGCCUGCUACUGUUAUCCCAAGAGCUGGAAGACUGGUUGGCCAAGGCAUCUCCUUUCCAAGGACCAGGCAUAGCUGUGUGAACAUUAUGUGACUUGAUCUUGUGUCUAGAAGGUCAUAACUGGAAGUAGUACAGAAAGAGUGAGAAUCCCAGGUGUUGCUAUCUUGAAUGAUGAUGAUAAUGGUGCUGACACUUGUGCAAUACCACCUUUAUCCUCUAAGAGGCAGUAUCACUGGGAUUGAGGAUGAAAUUGCACCCUCUUCUCACUGUGCCUAGGUCCCCAGGGGAAUUUAGUAAUGUAUUCUCCCACAGGACAGCAGAUUCCCUUGCUCAGUUUCCCCAGGACUCUGAUGACUUGAAGCUAAACUCCACCAGUGCUGCUCAGGAGGGGUUCAGUUGGAGGGGAGUGUCUCUGGUUGCCAACAUGUCUUCCAGAUUCUCACCACUCCUCUGGUGCCUGUUUUUUUUCCAACAUCCUCUAGUUGGGUGGUAUGUUUAGUUCCAGGCUCAGGUUCUGUACUAGUAAUUGCUGGGGAAGAUAAGCAGAGGAAUAGAGGAUCAUUAGCUCUCAACUCUUAGCCUUCAGGGAUUGCCUUUACUCAGACCUGUGUUAAAUUUUUGACUACAGCUGAAUGGGCUCCAUCAGACAUGUCCACUUCUACGCAUACAGAUCUGCAGUGCAGAUUCUUCCCUCUCCUUUCUAUUUCCUUCAACCCUCAGAAGUUAAAUGCAGAGAAACUGUGUAGCAGCAUUAUUCUGGAGCACUUAUCCCCAAAAUGUUAAGUUGCUCCAUAGUAUUGCUGCAAGAUAUCCAGGCUCCAGCUGGGAUGAAUCCAAAGCUAUGAUUGACACUGAACUGAGUCACUGAGAAGAGUAGGGUGAGGUUACUGUGAAGAACAGAACUUUUGGAUUCUUGGAAAUUUGACCAUCUCAACCUUGCUUUGAAAACUGUUCUGCAUUGAGAAAAUCCCUGCCUUUUGGAAAGGAGACAGUACCUUGAAAUACUUAGAGUUGGACUUCAUUAUUCAGUCCUUUGAAUCUACUCACCUUAUUUUCAGGAGCCACUGUAAAUUUUGAAGGUUUAAUUCUAAUCGAGUGGCUGUUUUUGGUUUAGUUUUUAAAUUUUCACCUAUCACUGAGGCCCUUGCAGCUACAUAAGCCCAUGUCACCUUUGAUGAACAAGGUUGGGCAGUAUCACUGUAUGUGCCUUGACCAGAUGUGGCCCAUGGUUGCAACCCAAGGUACCAGCCCCUAGCUUUACAAAGGGAAGAUGCUGCCUCUGUGGGCAUUUGCAUUUAGAAUUGCUAACUUCCGCUAUUGCAAUCAAGAGAGACACUCCCUUGCCCCCCAUUCCCCAGUUCUAUUUUUCUGUAAUGCUGAUGGCUUUUCUGCAGAGCCAUGUAUGUAGUCCCAGUAAAGAGUUGGGCUCACUGAUGGAGGUACAAGAAAAGUUUUUGAAGAUAUGGGUGACUAAUAGCACCCCCUAAGCCCUUGGUUGCAAUGGCACCAGCAGCUCCAUCAGGAUUUAACUGCAGUGGCCUCUUUGAACAUUUAUACACAGGAGAGCUCAGCUGGAUUUUACCCAUUUUUGAAGUCUGAGCCAGUAUUGUGUCUGAUCCAAUUGACUGGGUACAAAGAAGAUUUCUGGGGUCACUUGGACUAGUUCUUUCCAAGUAUUUUUAAUAAUAAAAGCCCACUUUUUUGUACAUAA